AUGCCAGAAGAGAUCUUAAUAUCUGCUGACCGUGCAGAUGACGAGUGGAAGUACAGCAUAGAGCCAGUUGAAAGGUAUUACGAACCAAAUCGACAGAAUGUUACAACAAAUAAAGAAAAUAAGCAUCAGCCAUCAGCAGAUCACCUCAACAACCAGAGCGCUGUUCAUUCCAUCUCUAGUAAUGUUUAUGCUCUUUCGACAGAAUUUUCAAAACCGUUUGCUUACACAUCAUGGUCUUGGGCAAAUAAAGACGGAUGUGAAAAAAAUUUAACACUUUUUCGAACGUUGAACAGACAUCAAAAUAUCUUAAAUCCAAAAAAAUUCUUCCAUCCUUUCUACACACAAAAUGAUAGAAGAGGACCUGGUUUCUUGUACAAAUUUCAAAUGUUUGCUGACAAUGGAUCAGAUAUUUUGCUAUCCAUCCCAGAAUCUGCUUCUUUUUUAAAAUGGUGGUCUAGCAGAAACGUAAACAGAGGAUUAAAGAUACUGAAUGACGAUCCACUGCAUAUAAAUUUUGUUAGAGAAAGUAACUUGAAAGUUUGUCCAUGUUACCUAGAAGUUCAGUUGUCGGAUCUUCAUCUGAAAAAGUUGUUACUUUCAUACCAGUUUAUGGUAAAUUGUCCUGCGAUUUUAAAUAUCACUAUGCAUUUGCACGAGCGCGUUCACAAAACAAAUGAUUCGGGAAGAAAUAUUAUUAAGACAAGAAAUUCUGAAACUGACUACAGUAAAUUCAACAAAUUUGGUUUGCAUAUAAGUGACGGAACGAAUGUAAAUGCAUAUAAUUUGUUCGGUGUUGUCGUUAAUCAGAUUUAUUUAAAAGAAAUACACGACAACUUAAAAUUUAAACAUGAAAAUUAUUUUAUGAGCAAUGUUGUCUAUUUAUGCUCAUUGAUCAUUGCCGGUUCAGUUAUAAUUCUAUCAUGCUACUUAUCUUUAAAAAUCAACACAAAACUUCAGCAACAGACUUUGCUAUCAAGCAUAAAUGAUGAACAACUCAUGGCAAAUCAACCGUCUUCCUUUAGUAGCAACUGUCCUUCAGACAUUAAAAGAUAUUCCGAUCAAGGCAUUAAAAAACGAUUGGCUAAAACGAAAAAUAGCAAGGAUUGUGCCAUCGUGAUUUUCAUAUUAUAUUAUUUAUUUAUUUUUAUCAGAGUUUUUAUCAUUCUUGCAAUAACCUCAAGUUUUGGAAUCUACGCAUUUUAUCAUCAUAUCCGAUUAGAAAUUUACAAAUUGUCAUUGAACACGAGAGAGAUUUUUCUGUUUACACAGUCAAUCAAUCAGUUGAUACGCGAUUAUUACUUAAUGACUGUCGUUGACAUAUCUUACUCCAUGAGUAUUAACUGGAAAAACAUAUUUUCCAAUAUAAAGUGCCACGAAAAACCGUAUGUAAAGAUUCAUGAAUCGCGUAAUCAGAAUAAAAAAACUUGCAAAUGUUCAAGUUCGGGUGAGAUGUAUACUAAUCAAAUAACAUUUGAAAAUCCGGAUUUUUUAUUUCACCUUUACAAUUCCAGCAAAGAGAACGUAGAAGAAAUCACCAGCCAUAUGUACGCUCUCCACGACUAUGAACUGAAACGACAAUUAAUAGAUUUUAGUUUAUUUAGGAACAAAUUAAAAAAUAAUGGCUGGUUGAAUAUGCACAAAAACAUUGAUAGCUACUUUGGCUCAAACAAAAUAAACAACACUUUUAAAAGUGGUGAUAAUAAGAAGCAAUACCAGGAAACUAAGAUUAAAAACUCUGAAAGUUUGCAUCAGUUAGGAAUCUACAUCGCGGAACAUUUAUUUGCAACCUCCAAGUCAAGAUUUUUUCAAAGAUUUAUUGUGAACAAUAAAUCACUUGAAUUUCUGUUAAGACUAGAGAUGUCUAAAGUUGAAACUAAUUGUUAUAAUCCUGAUGUUCAUACUCACAGUAACAUGGAGAUACUAACGACAUACGAUUUUAACUCAUUGUCAUUUUUCCAAGUCAAGAGGUAUGACGAUUUCAACAGAAACGUGAAAAGAACCCCUCCUGAAAAUUCCAACAAGCCCUGUGAAGCUGAAACAAAAUCAUAUUUUGAGUUCUUUAAACCAGCUUUUAUUUUUUACAUCUUAGCGCUGCUUGACAUUCUUUUAAUAUAUUAUGGCUUUUGUAAGUUGUCAUCCCUGUUCAAUGGUUAUUCAUUUUGUGGCAAAUCAGUUCCUUAUUUGAAAAUCGAAACCACGAAUCAACCAAAAAUUAUUGUCACUUCACUUGAACAAAAUUUUCGUAACCAUAAUAAAUCAUUGAAUAACGUAACAACUUCUUUUCAAAUUCAAGAAGACAUUUUAGGACAUUUUCGGUGUUAUUCUGAUAAGAUGCCUUUGUUUGAAUGUAACGGGCUUUAUUCUCACGGACAAGAUUGCCAUAAUUCUUAUUGUUAUAAACAUUCUUUAGUCAACAUCUUAAAAUUUAAAUGGUAUUCAGAUAUCGUACAACGCUCACAUUGCAGUAUUUUGCCAAAUCUUGUUGUCUUGGCUCUUGUCUUUAUCUUUUUUCUUUUUAUUCCUCUCUGGUUCACUAGUUUUUUGAAAUACAGGCUCAAUUCGUAUGCAUUUGGAGUAGAUUAUGAACGUCAGAUGUCUACCAUUUUAAUGAACGGCGAAAUACAAAACAUAUUGAAUUUUGACAGUGAAAUAUACGUACACACUAACGUCGAAUUAAUGAAAAAAUUAUCCACAUGGAAUCGAGCCCAUGUACAAGAACUAAACAUUUUAAAAAAUUACACGAUGUUUAACGAAAGUGCGGAUGGAAAUCAGACAGACUACUUAGCGACAACAUCCAUUAAUUCCUUAAACCAACCGAUGGUAGCUUAUGAUGAAGACAGAAUCACCAUUUUUUGUGCUAUAUUAUUCAGGGCUGGCCUAACCCACUUAGAUGAAAAGUUCGAUGCAGAUGAAUCAGAUUUUAAAAAUGCCACUAAGAUUAAACUAGAAGCAAUAAUAAACUCUAUUGAAUCGGUGUCGUCCAAAUGUCUCUACUUCACGUCAGUCGUGAUUAUCUUCAUCUGCGCAAUCGUGAUAUCUGACUACGUAAUUAUGAAACCCGGCAGCAAGGACCACAUCAAGAACCAUAUCAAAGUUUGGGAUCAUAAAAGAGGGAUUAACAACAAGACACCAGGAAGCGAUCAUGUUGAUAACGACACUCGGCUAACGACGCUGCCUCCACUUCACAUGAGUAAGACAACAGUCACCAAGCCACAACUGAAUAAAACUGCAUUAAGACUGCUGAACAAUAACGUUGAACGCAUGAAAACAAAAAGUACACGAAGCAACAACAAUGAGGGAGAUCCAGAUCAUUCAAAUACGAAGCCAUCCAGACUGGUCGUCAACCGUUCCUUCACUGAAACAAUUGUAUAA